AUGGUGAUGAUUCAUGAGUUUCGUGUCCCUCUACACAUGAGUGUCGAGGAUUUUCAAAUUGCGCAGUUGUUUAUGGUCGUAAACGCCAGUGAACAACUUACAGGUGAUGGUGAAGGCGUGGAAAUUCUUGUGAAUGAACCUUAUGACAAUACAGAUGGACAUAUGAGCAUAUCAAGCAUCUCAGGCUGGACGGUUCCACGUAACAAAGGCCAAUAUACACGAAAACAUUACUACUGCAAGUCAAAGAUCCCCAGCUUUGUCUCAGCAUUCUGUCCAGAAGAUAGCAUGGUAUUGAUAGAAGAGGCGUGGAACUCAUAUCCACACUGUGUGACUGUCAUUGUCAAUGGUUACCUGGCCAAAACUAAGUUUUAUAUCUCAAUUGAGUCCAUGCACAAGGCAGAUCGUGGUGAUUCCGAGAAUGUGCUGGGGUUGACUAAGAAAGAAUUGAGUCAACGCAAGGUCGAAGUGUUGGAUAUUGCUGAAAAAAUGACCAAGCAGACACUAAAGGAGGAUUAUGACCCAGCCGCGUACAAGUCCAAAAAAACGUUGCGUGGACCGCUUACACGAGGCUGGAUGAAGACCGUGGACCCUAUCAUGACUUGCUACAAGGUUGUACGCAUUAACUUUGAUUAUUGGGGCGUACAAAACAAGGCAGAGAAGAUGAUUCGCGAUCAGCAACGACAAUUGUUCCAUAGUACUCUACGUCAAGCACAAUGUCAGACGGAUGAGUGGUAUGGUCUUACAAUAGAAGAUAUUCGGCGUUUAGAGGCUGAGGUGGUGGCAAAGCUGGAAGCCAAGCGCCUCACUAAUACGACAAAGCACUAG